GUGACAAUUUUUCGUCGGCAUCGUUUAUUUGAAUCGUAACAAAUAACAAUUUGAAAGUCAUAAUAAUGUCGUACAAUAAAUAUGGGACACGCAAUUCUAGCCGCUACAAUUUCCCGCGAUCAUUUGUGCCAGGAGGAGAGCUAUAUGACGAGCUGCUAGAUACCCCUGGCGCUGGCCUAAAGUCACAAGUUACUCACUAACUGUGCCAAGCCGUUACAUGUCCUUAAGCAAAUAUUGUAUGAGUUGUGUUGACUUGAAAGUUACCCAUCUCUUACUAUAUCUGACUUACCAAUGGCGCUGCUUACAAGCGAUGUUUGUGUUUUUUAUGUAUUUAAGAACAGCCUAUGGUGUGCAUGCCUGGACUCGGUGUAAGCCUCUUAGAGAGUGACUAAAGACUGAGAAAUCAUUAUGGUCACGAAGAAGCAGUUUCGUGAACGUACCGAGUUCUCUAGACUUAAUUAGUCAGUAAGCUGAUCUGGAUUCCUAAUAUGUGAAGACCUUCUGGAAUUGUAACUAACUAUUACACUACUGAUAGGUUUGAUUGAAUUUAUAUGAUGAUACAGUUUUAGUUGGUUUAGAUCAUAAAAGGAAUGUGGUGAAACAUGGCUAUCGUGCACUCAUUUUUACGUUAUGGAAGGUGUGUGAAUGUUUCCAAACUAUAUUGCUUAGUGUUCAAUUAAUUUCUUGCAAAUGUUUAUUAUCAUAAUGGAGCCUAUAACAUGGUCCAGUGAGAGGAUAGGUAUAUGUGUUAGUGUGUGUUUAUGUGAAUGUGAGUGCACAUAGCCAACUCAGCUAACUGAUGCCAGUUGAACUCGGGAAGACCGCAAGGCAACUAUGGCAACCACAUGGGACUGCCGCAACAGAUUCCGAAUGUUCAGUACAAUAAGCCCCCACCACUGAGUCAGACCUUCAACAAAGCGAAUACAGCAUCACUUCCUGCACCUGCACCACCGCAGCAACAGCAGCAGCAGCAGCAGCAGCAACAGCAACAGCAGCCACCACAGCAGAAGGAGCAGGAUACUGAGACAAAUCCUGUGGCAAUGGAUACGACUGCUGGAGAUGGUUCUCCUACCCGACCGCCCUGGAUGAAGUCCAAGCUACAAGGUGUGAAGAAGAUUUCGAACAAGGAACGUCGCAGGCGUCAGAACGAGAACCUGCGCCGCCUGCUGACGCCCAAGAACGCACUCAUGGUACUCAACGAGAUAAUGCCCGGGGAACAAGUUGCCAGUCAGUUCAAAGUGGAGGCGGUGCCCGGCGGCGCACAGUUCUACCGACCCAACGUGCACAGCUUCUGUGCUGACCUCACGCUGCACGGGAACAAUUACAAGGGAUACGGCGAGAACAAGCUGUCGGCGCGCAACGCGGCGGCGGAGCAGGCCAUCCGCGACCUCAUGCUGCAGCGCAUGGCGCGCCUGCUGGCCGACUCGCGCGACGGUACCGGCUCGAGCGCGGGCUCGGUGACGGGCUCGAGUACGGGGGGGGCGACGGGCGCCAAGGAGGGCGACGAGUCGCAGGAGGGGGACGGGGAGAGCGAGGAGGAGUCGCUGCCCAUGAUCCAGCUGGCGUCGUACGCGCUGCACAAGCUGUUCGCGGAGUGGGAGUACGAGGGCCACAAGGUGCCCAGCCUGCGGCCGGCGGGCGGCGCGGCGGACGGCGCGGCGGACGGCGCGGCGCCGGCGCGCGCGCUGCCGGCCGGCGCGGGCGCCAUGCACCCGUGCAUGCUGCUCACCUACAUGCGCUCGCAGCUCGAGUACCGCGAGCUGCCGCCCGAGGGCGACCGCCAGCACAACCUCGUGUUCACGAUGGCCAUCGACGUCGACGGCGCCACCUACGUCGGCCGCGCUCAAAACAAGAAGGAGGCGCGGAAGUUGGCGGCGAAGGCGGCCUGCGAGGCGUUGUUCGACGUGAAGUUUGAAAAUGUGUCCACCUAGACACUGAGUUUGUCUGCCUGAAACCAAUCUGUAGAGUUAAGCGACGCGAGCGCCCAGUAGAGACGACUGACCGAGUCGAACGGUGGUAGUAUUUCUUAUAAUGUGGACGGUGAUUUUGUAUCGGACAUCCAUUAUGAUAACGUAUGGUGUGCUAAUGCCAUUUUCUAAUUUGAUGAUUCAAUAAAUUAAAAUUGAUGGUUAAAUUAGAAAAUUAAUCAAUCGUUGGCUUGUUUCGCCACGUUUGACUAUAUGAACUACUACUACUACUACAACUUGAAAACAUAAUGCCAUUAGUUGCUACAAAAUUAUAUUUUAUCAACCCUCUCCCCCAGUUGCAAACUUUACUGAUUUUUCUUUUAAAUGUGUAAAAUGUAUUUUGUCUUCAUAUCUAAGCGACGAACAUCAUUUAAAGGCGCCGCCCACAUGUAAUUAAAGUAUUACGGCAUUACAGAUAAACUUUUCUUGGCGACUGUUUAGUUAAUCAUUGAUUUCGCUCUUUCUAUCAUUAUUGAUUUGUCAUUUGAAAGAAGCAGCUUUGAUUAACUAAUAACUCAAUAAACGACGUUUAUAAGUCCUUAUAACCUUAGUUUUUAAGUCUACAUCAGUAGGUUAAUUCAUAGACAUUUAUUUUUUUUUAACAUAUACAUGAGUGACAUAUGAAUGACAUAUACAUGAGUGACGUAUAUAUGAGUCAGUGACAUAGACAAAGAGGAGAAAUAGUAAAUCUAAGAAUAUUAUAAUAGUUUUGACAAAAUUAAAGGUUUAAGAAGCUAAUCAUCAUUCAUUUUUUGCGAGAACUUAUUUUGCAGUUUUUAAUUGUUACGUAAUUGAAUUUUAACAAAAAAAACAUACAUGUAAUUACAUUCUACGCAAUUUAAGUUGAGCGGUCUGAAAGUAGGCUCUCCGAGAUAUGAGACAUUAAGGUCAAUCGGCUAUUCAAGUAAUAGCACUAAUUUGGUGGUCGGGCUUAAUGUUUGUGGUAUUAAGUGUGGGUGAAUUUUCUUAUACUGCAAGCAUCUGACCGGUCAACAUAUAUCGCGCGUGUUGUAAUAUCAAUUGGCUAUCAAUUGAUAUAGAUUAUAAUCAAGUUUUUCUCCAUAUUAAUGUACAUGUGAGACGAUAAAUUUCUUUUCAUAACACACUGUUUUAAGAAGAUAAUUUGUGGUUUCUCUAAACUGCUAUUCAGCGGUUGAUUAGUAAGGAUAUCUUCCUACCUCCCAAUGAUAGCUCCACUACAGGAGAUUUAUAUACAAUAUAUUUUUUGUAUACAAAUAGCGUUAUAUAUACUUAUAAAGUACACGCACUCGCAAGAGUUUUACAGCAUUAUAUAAUUAUUCACUCAUUAAUCAUUUACAGGUAAAUAUGUUAAUAAAUUUAAUUUUAGCAAGAUGGUUAUUUUGUAUGAAAUCAAAUUGAAAAAUUGACGGAUUAACUUUAACGUGAGGCAGAUUAACAAUAUACAUUUUUGUAUGUAUAUUAAAAAAAAUAUAUUUUAUUCAAGAAAACAAAUCCAAAGAAUAUCGAAUCAUUUACUGGUUUAAAUGUAAAGCUACCGUUUUGGAAUGUAGAUUCUACCGAGGCGAACCGGGAGAACUCAGUAGUAACUCGUUUUAAUUAAUUAAGUAUGUUAUUUAUAUACAAUUAAAUCUAAAUAUCCUGCAAGAGUAUCAAGGAAUACUAUCUCGUAUUUUUUUUACAAUAAGAUUUUAUUGUUUCAAUUGGCAACGCUAAAUCAAAAAGAAGUUUCAUUAUAGAAACGAAUACAAACGAUUGGUUAUAAAAACAAUAAUCUAUAAUUUUGUCUUAUAUAUUCCAUUUGAAGCCAAAAAGUUUUACCGAAAACUCCCAAGGAGUGAAUCCUUCCGCAGUUGACAAAGAAUUUAUCCGAAAUACAAAGUAAAAAUAUGUUAGAAUUAUAUAUAAUAUUUCAAGCAAUAUGAUAUAUCAUUUCUUAUGUAAAUUCAUUAUAUACGUAAUUUAUAAUUCUUAUUUACGUAAUUUUUUUUUGUAGACUGUUGCAUCUUUUUUCAUCAUCAAUGAAAAACAAUAGAUAUUGUUACCUUUACUUUUUUAAACGCCGGUUAAUGUCAGAUUCAAUAAUUUGGCUUUAAUCUGUAUUGGUCGGUGGCAGCCGUAGACAGAGAAAAUAAUAGACCAAGGAGCCGUGAAACCGCGAUUGAGACAGAGAUAGUUUGUCAAUGUGUGCGUAUAAUGCUGUAGUAACAUAGUAACUGCAUUCCCUGUUUUGGGAAAUAAAUUAUUUAUAGGAUUUAAUUAAAACAAAACGAGGUUAUUAAAUUUUACUUUUUUAUAUUUAUUAUACAUUUUUUUAAUUAAAAUAUUUUUUUUGUUUUCCAUCUACACCCAAAAACCGUGGCAUUGUUUGUUUUUGUUUCUGUUAUCAAUAGUACUUCAGCAUCUUUAUAUGGACUGGUAUUGGAUUACCAUUCUCCUCAGAUGUUGAAAUCUAAAACGCUCAAUUAAAUUAUUAAUAAAGAAUGGUUGCCAUAUAUAUCUCUAUGUUCACCUCUUGAUUCUGAAUGUAAUAAUAUUAUUAUAUAUAUAUAUCC